GCCACGUUCCACACCAACGUGUUAGUGAAUUCUUCUGGGCACUGCCUGUACCUCCCUCCAGGCAUCUUCAAGAGCUCCUGCUACAUUGAUGUGCGAUGGUUCCCCUUUGAUGUGCAGCAGUGCAAACUGAAGUUUGGGUCCUGGUCUUAUGGAGGGUGGUCCUUGGAUCUGCAGAUGCAGGAGGCAGACAUCAGCGGCUAUAUCCCAAAUGGAGAAUGGGACCUUGUGGGGAUCCCUGGCAAACGGAGUGAAAAGUUCUAUGAGUGCUGCAAAGAGCCGUACCCGGAUGUAACCUUCACUGUCACCAUCCGCCGCAGGACCCUCUACUAUGGCCUCAAUCUUCUCAUUCCCUGUGUGCUCAUCUCUGCCCUGGCCCUCCUCGUGUUCUUGCUCCCUGCAGACUCUGGGGAGAAAAUCUCCCUGGGGAUCACCGUUUUACUCUCUCUUACCGUCUUCAUGCUGCUGGUGGCUGAGAUCAUGCCUGCGACCUCUGACUCAGUGCCCUUGAUAGCCCAGUACUUCGCUAGCACCAUGAUCAUCGUGGGCCUCUCCGUGGUCGUCACAGUGAUCGUGCUACAGUACCACCACCACGACCCUGACGGUGGCAAGAUGCCCAAGUGGACAAGAGUCAUCCUCCUGAACUGGUGUGCCUGGUUCCUGCGCAUGAAGAGACCGGGGGAGGACAAGGUGCGGCCGGCCUGCCAGCACAAGCAACGCCGCUGCAGCCUGGCCAGCGUGGAGAUGAGUGCCAUGGCGGGGCCGCCGGCUACCAACGGCAACCUGCUGUACAUCGGCUUCCGUGGCCUGGACAGCGUGCACUGCGCGCCCACCCCCGACUCGGGGGUCGUGUGCAGCCGCGUGGCCUGCUCGCCCACGCACGACGAGCACCUGCUGCACGGCGGCCAGCCCUCGGAGGGGGACCCGGACCUGGCCAAGAUUCUGGAGGAGGUACGCUACAUCGCCCACUGCUUCCGCUGCCGGGACGAGAGCGAGGCCGUGUGCAGCGAGUGGAAGUUCGCGGCCUGUGUGGUGGACCGUCUGUGCCUCAUGGCCUUCUCGGUCUUCACCAUCCUCUGCACCAUUGGCAUCUUGAUGUCGGCGCCCAACUUCGUCGAGGCUGUGUCCAAAGACUUCGCUUGACUCUGUCCUGGCUCCCAGCAUGUAGGAAACGCAGAGAUGGGCGAUGACGUUGGCUUAGGGAGAACUUGGGGGUGCUGGUUCCACAGCACCGUUAAACCCGAGGACGCAGAUGUAUCCUAUCUCUGUCGUGUCGGUUUCAGUUUACUUGUUACUUUCAGUAAUAGGAGCUCAGCACGUUUCUGUUUAACUCUCUUUGAUGGGCCACUGGAUAUCCCCCGAGCAUCCUUAUGGUCAGCAGGACCCUGGAGAGGUCGUUUUGCCCAUUCUCCACUGCCUGGUGUGCCCUUCAAAGAGGUUCGGGUAGCUCAGGGCUGACUGCCAGGUGAGGCCUGGGUAGCUGGUCUGCAUGCCUGCAUGUCACUUGCUGUGAGGGCUUACAUGAAAAUUCGUAUCUGCUUUGCCUGUGUACAAAUCUAGAUUGAAGCUAAUCAUCAUAAUAAACCACACUCAGUAAGUCCAUCAGAUAAUUGACUGAUGGAACAAAACUAAACUAAACUAAAACUUAAAACCCAACUGUUUGGUUUUUCUUCAAUUCAGACUUUAAUUUUCUCUACCAAAGACAGUUGGUAGAGAGAAACAGUUUUAUGCUAUGUCUACAUUUAAAAAAAGAGACAGUAAUAGUUCGUCUUGUAAAUUACGCUUUUGCCAGCCUGAUUUUUGACAACCUACCCUGUGAGGGGAGCCAGGAGGGACACAGGUGUGUGUUGAUUCUGAACCAGGACUAGACCCAGUCAAGUUAAGGGGAUUUCUGUAGAUCCCAGGCACUCCCAAGCUUUCUGUGCUGCCCCCAGGCACUGGCAUGUUGAGUCGGUCUGUUCUAUUUGACAAAACCCAAAGGACUAGUAGAAUUCCAUUAGAAUUACCACCCAAUAUAAUAAUAGCUGAAGCUAAUUUAAACCAUCUAUGUGUUUGUUUUUUUUCAUGUAAGUAAUAGCUGAAGCUAAGUUAAACCAUAUGUGUUUUUGUUUUUUUAAAUAAUGCAUUAGACACUUCACAUGUAUUGGAGUUUAUUAGUCUUACAAAUUUGUGGAUCCAUACAAAUGCACAACAUGAAGUCACCAAGGUAUUCUAUGCUUUUUAUCCAUGUGUCAGGGCCAAGGGGCAGGGAUUUGGGCCUCUUCUGGCUCCCUGUGUGGCAGGAACUGGGGAGGGGGUGGCACGGCUGAUGGCUUUCCUGAAUGGCAGGUCAGUGAUGGUUAGCAGGAGGGGCUUACAGACUAACAGUGGCUGCACACCCAGUAAUUCCAGUUUCUGGUUUGGGGGAGAUCUGCUUUCCCACAGCUCACACACAGAGCUUCAGCCCAGAGAGCUGGCUGAAUGGGUGGAUUCACUGGAGGUGUGUGCUUUGAAAGCUAGGGAAAUUUUUAUUUUAAAUCCAGGUGGUGAUGCAGUUCUCCACUUAGA